AUGGAAGAUCUAUCCCCAGAGCAAUCCUCUCCAGAACAUUCUUCUGUGGAAUCGACGGCAAUGGAAUCCACAAUGAAUACGAUUAUUCUAGACGAAAUCUGGAAACAACCGUCACGUCACGUGGCAGAUCUUCUGAAUCUAUACUUCGCUGAACACAAUGAUCAGAAGAUUAUUUGGGAAAGAGAUAAAGAGAACACAAAUGGAGAAAUGAUGAGCAAACGGGAUGAUGAUGGGGAGAAGAAGUCAGGGGAAAAAGUUGAAGAAGUUAUUAAUAAAACUAAAAAGGAAACUCCUAAAAACAAAUCUAAACACUGGUAUUCAAUCCGAGCACUCCUGCUCCCUGCGAUCCCUGAAUAUCCGUUGGAGCAGGCGAGAAUCCACGUGGCUCCAUUGUCAUCGGAGUUGCAGUUGUGCCACGUGGCGGUGGCAUAUUCACAGUCCGUGGAGCAUUCGAUAGAUCUCCAACAGACAGUGUCCUUGGCGGUUUCGUUUCAUGACAGAGCAGGUGUCUUCAUCAUGUAUUCUGGAUAUUCAAUGUUGAUGGCUCCGCAACUGUUGUCUGAAAAAGAGCAUAAUCGUAGAGACAAGCCACUGAAUCUCCACAUUCUGUCAGCACAGAUCCUGGAUCAUCAGGGCAUUGAAGUCCAUAACUCAACGUGGCAAUGCUCUGGUAUGGUUGAAGAUCGGCUGGAAACAAAAGUUGGAAACAAUUUUGAUGCAAUUUUACUUACUGUUCGGAUUAUUCUGCAAAUCUCUACAAGUGUUCAAAAGUUGGAGAAUCAUAGAUCCAGUUUGUGGAACGAAACGGUCAUUUGUUGCGAAACGUUCGAGAAUUGCCUACUCCUAUCCAAACAAACCUCAAACUGUCCCAUAUACGGUGCUGUACCAAACUCAUCCGAUAACUGUUGUACAAGUAAUAUCACGGAACAUUUGAGAGCAUCUCGGAUGAGGCAUGAAUCGACCCAAAUCCAAAAGAGCUUGAGUCUCAAUGCAAGGACAAGAGGUAUUGGUUUCAGUAUCCCUGAUGAAAUUCCACAAAGCACCAUCCUCAUCGUACCAAUCGUGACACAUUUCUCUAGACUUCUCCUUCACAAAUUCGACUCGUUGAUCUCUAUCCUGUUGAUUCAAAGUCAAUGUAGAGAACUGUUGAUUCUCAGGUGUCCACAACCAAUGCAACGAGAUUGGAGCAGAGACAAGACCCGGCAGAAGUUGAGUUCCAUUCAUAUCAUUCGGAUUGAUUGGAGCCAGUUUGAAGAAUCCAACACGAUAAGUGUAGAGAGUGUGCAUUCUCUCCCAAUCAGUAAGGUACCACUGUUGAACUUGGUUCGUGUUAAUGACCUCUUCCUGUGGCAUCCAACGAUAAUUCGCAUUAUUCUGGUUACUGUAAGUGGUGAUACGAGCAAGGGUACGGUAUUCUGGACGGAAUUUCUUGAUUUCGUCAUCCUUGAACUCUCUGUAUCCGACGAUGUAAAGACCGAGUUGCACUCCAUACAUCGAGUCGUCAGAGAUACGUACUCCCAUGUUAUUUCCAUUGUCUGUCCAGCAUCAAUAUCAGAUCUUCCAGAAAUAGCAGAGGCAGUGUUGUACCACGUGACAACGACAGCAGCAUCAGCACGGAACAUAGCUCCUCCAGCAACUCCUUCUUGA